GAAGCCAGCAGCGCUCCGUAAUGGCCGCUUCCUUUUUCUCGCUGAGGGCCAGACGUUGAACGAGUAUGGGUAUCUCUCGCGAUCGUGCUCAUAAGCACCGGGCGACCGGAGGCAAACGUAUCCAAAUUCGCAAGAAGAGGAAGUUUGAGUUGGGUCGCCCAGCCGCUAACACCAAGCUCUCACAGGGAACCCCCCAGAGAGUUCAUCAAGUUCGUACACGAGGAGGAAACAUCAAAUUCCGUGCUCUCCGUCUGGAUCACGGAAACUUCUCGUGGGGCUCGGAACGAUGCACCCGUAAGACCCGUAUCAUCGAUGUCAUCUAUAAUGCGUCAAACAACGAGCUCGUUCGUACUAAGACCCUGGUCAAGAACGCCAUCGUUCUCGUCGACGCCAAUCCCUUCCGUCAGUGGUACGAAAACCACUACGCCCUCCCUCUUGGUCGCAAACACGGCACCAAGAUCGCCGACAUCGAGGGUGUCACCAUUGGAAAGAAACGCUUGGAGAGCGAAGCGCAGAAGACCCUCCAGAAGAAGGCCCCCAUCGAUGCUCUCAUGGAGGAACAGUUUGCCACCGGUAGACUGAAGGCCUGCAUUUCGUCACGACCCGGACAGUGCGGCCGGUGCGAUGGAUACAUUCUCGAAGGCAAGGAGCUCGAGUUCUACACGAGGAAGGUCAAGGCCAAGAAGGGCAAAUAGACGGCGCAUCUUUUUCACCGAUACAUUUGAGUCUGCGAAUAAACGGUUUCGAAAGAUGCUUCGGA